GGAGCCCAACACACUGGGCUGUGGGGAGCAAGUCGGCAGGCAAAGGCCAGAAAAUACUACACGGCAUCCUCGUUUCCAGCCCCGUCUCAGCUCCGGGGAGCCUGGGCGCUGUGUUCUUUUGGAAUGAGCCGGAUCCCGCCCUGGGUCAGCUGAAGGAGGAUUAAAACCCUGCCCGACUGCUGAGAGCGUGAACUAGUCGACAGAAGGCCCUGCUGUAGCUGGGCUGUGUGAAGGCCCUGCAGCAGAUGGCUCCACCGCAGGGUCCUGCAGGAGCUCCGCUCAGGCAUCAGCCCAACGACCACCGACCUGCAGCAGCUGGAGGAGAAAGGCAGCACGGACAGCAUCGCAGAGCCCGUUAAAAACUGAAACACACACAGAUCCUUCGAAUUGGCCAGGAACAAAGCAGCAGCGAGUAAAAUCCCCCUCCCUCCAUCCCUCCAUAGUCCUACGAUCCUCCACCACUCCUCCAGGCUGCCGUGAAGCUCCAACCCUGUUGACCCCUGUAUUUUCCUACAAAGGGCAGCAGAGCAGGACGGUGUGGGGGAAGGCCAGUAGGCUAAUUAAUGAGCGCUGAGAAUGAAAUCGGGCUGCUGACGGCCAGUGGAGACGCUAAUAUCCACACUCCGCUCACCCGGCUGGAUGUGCGUGCCCCCGGGCUGGCCCCGAGUGCCCAGAGUCCAAAGCGGAAUCCACCACGGCGGCCGCCGGGAGCCCAGCGGACAUAGCAGACGUAGCGGAAAUGCCUACCGAGACGCUGCAGGCAGAUAGCAAGCCGGCCUCUGGCCAGUGUGGUGGUGGUGGGGGCGGUGGGGGCAGCUUUGCCUCAGCCGUGCCUUUACGCAUCCUCAAUAAAGGUCCAGACUACUUCCGGCGGCAGACCGAGCCCAACCCGAAGCGACUAAGCGCGGUGGAGAGGCUGGAAGCCGACAAGGCGAAGUACGUUAAGAGCCAAGAAGUCAUCAAUGCCAAGCAGGAACCUGUAAAGCCUCAAGUUUUGGCAAAACCACCCGUCUGUCCAGUGCCGGUGAAGAGAAGUGGUGGCUUCGGGGCCUCCUCAGCCCUGAAGGCCUCCAACAACAACGCUAAAUCUGACACAUGUGCUACCACAACCAAGCGUGAAAACCUCAAUCUGGAGAUCCUCAAGAACAUCCUCAACAGCUCUUCCUCAUCUGAAGGUCCUGCCAAAGCCUCCAAAGUUGGCGCCAGAAGCUGGGCGCCCCACCGCUCCUCUGAAACUUCAGAAUCUGGGUUUACAGAAUCGCUAAAAGUGCCGUCCUCAGCGGUAAUGCAAGGUCGGAGAAGUCCACAAGGAGGCGGCAGCAAUCUGAACCUGAGUCGGCGGCUAUUAGAGGAUCGAGGCGAAGGUCAUGGAGAAAGGUCACAGAUUCACGCUUCACAAAGCUCUUCGGACAUCCGGAGGCUUUGUAACGGGAAGCCGUUCCGUUCUGCUGCCCGAAGCAGCAGUAGUUCUGCUCCUCCGCUGCCUCCGAAACCAAGCGCCAAGGCUUUGGCAGCCUGCGACAACCUGCUGGACCACCAGCCUAUGGUAGCAACACCUGGAGAAAUGGAGCUAGAGAUGGACGUUGGAGGUUCCUCGGUGACCCGCAGGCCCUCUUUGCACCGUUCAAAGUCAGACUUAAGCGACCGCUAUGCUAGGGCUGGAGCUGACGUAGAACGAUUCUUCAACUACUGCGGUCUGGACCCAGAGGAGCUUGAGGGAGUAGGAGUGGAAAGUUUUGCUCGAGCAAACUCAGACAUAGUCUCGCUCAACUUUCGCAGUGCUAGCAUGAUCAGCUCGGACUGCGAGCGCUCACGGCACAGCAACGACGAAGACGGUCUGUCUGACGACGAGGAAGAUGAGGACGACCCGGCCGAAAGAGUGCCGUACGGGAUAUCGGCAGUGGAGAGAAAUGCACGCGUCAUCAAAUGGCUCUACAGCAUCAAGCAGGCGCGAGAGUCUCAGAAAGUCUCCCACGUUUGAGAGCACAGAUGGAAUAAGAGUAACUGCUUAUUUCAGUGAUUGGUGCACUGUCUUGGAAUCUUGAAAGAACUUAUUGGCGAAGCCUUUUGUCGUUUUUUCCUAGGUUGCAGCUCUUUUUAAGCACUAUUUGAGCUGGAUUAGUUUCACUAAUUAGGGGUGGCUCUGUAAUGUAAUUUGUAAAGGAUUUGAUUGGCUGAAUGCUACGGGAUGAAGUUUCCUUGGGAUUUCUAAACAUUUCCACGAGUAGCCUGGUUCACAUUACAGCAUAAGGCACACUUACUAACAAUAACAACAUGCCGCAUGGCCAUGCCUAUUGGCUAGUUUUGUUAUUCCUUUACUGUGAGGUGGGCUGGAACAGGACUGUUAUUGAGGGAGCUCCGGUUCAGCCAAUUACAGGACACCAUUCACUACAGUUAUUACUGUCAGACUACACAUGCUGCAGAUUUAUACUGGAUUAAUAUCACUUCACAAUAAUUCGGACUGUUAAAUACACACUGCACAUUCAUACUGGAUUUAAAAUCUCAUAUCGGCCUGGAAUCAGUUAAAUUACAGCGCUUCCCCAGGCAAAACUAACCCAGCUCGAGUAGGGCAUUAGUGGCUUUUUGCAUUCAGCGUCUUCAGAAUCUGCAUGACCCCCUUAACACUUUCGAAACCCCCCCUCCGCCCCCCAUGGCCUCCAGCUACUGCAGCUCGUUAAAGGUACAAGUGUCUGUUGAAAUAUGUUGAGACCAACUACUACGACUCGUUCUUUCUGCCUCUGUAAGUCAGACCACCGUUAUGAAGCCACCUCCUUUUUAGGUGCGUCUGUUCCGUUUCCUUUCCGUUUUUUGUCAGCGUAAUUUGGGCGCACUGAGCCAGGAAGCCAUAUGGGAAUGAAUGCAGAGCAUCAGUGUGUUUAGAUGUCCUUUUUUAGCUUUUCUUUAUUUUUUUUUUAACUCUUCUGAUGAUGCAUUAUGACCAGUAUGUGUAUAUAACUUGGUGUGAAUAGGCGCAGCAGAAGCAUGUUCCGGCCCCAGUCUCCUUCCUGUCCGAAUAAACUCCUCCAGAAAACCCUCGUUUUAGAAAAGUCCCGCUCCUCUCGGUCAGCACCGCUCCAGUGCUCUUUCGUUCCAGCAGUAUCACAACACCAUCACAGCAUUACGUAGUUUUUUUUCUGUUCUGUUUGUCGUCCUUAAUGUUCCUUGUUAUGACAGUCGACUUUUUUUUUUUUUUUUUUUUUUUUUGUGUAUUUCUUUUGUUUUGUGGUUCUUAUUGUUUUGACUGGUGUAAAUGCUGUAAGAAUAUGUAUAUAAUUUUAAAGUCGUUGGCAAAAAAACACAAAAAUGAAGAAAAAAAUAAAACAAAAAAAAAGUUGUUGUGUGAUGAAGAUCCUGCUACGCUGCUGCAGCCUGUAGCUCUUGGUCUGUCCCCCCGUCUCUGGGCUCGCAUCGCAAGACUUUGUCCAUGAUCAACUCUGUACAUCACUGUUGUUAUGACAACAUAUAUGUUAGGUAUAUUCAAGUUGUUACUGAGCUGUUACUUAAACAAAAAAGUCUAAAUUUGUUCACAUUUUAGUUCUUUUUCAUUAUUUCAAUAAAUGGCUAAUUUUGCCAUCUUUUGCCAUC